AUGGCGGCGGAGCGUGACACGCCUGGUCACGUGGGUCGGCGCGCGCCGCGCCGCCCGCUCGCUCCCCCUCUCCCCUCCCGCCAGGCGCGCGCGCCCCCGGGGCCUCCGAGUGUUGUGCCUCGGCCCGGUGCGUGCCGCCGCGCCUUAAAGGGGCCGCACCCCGUACCCGCAUCCCGGCGGCGGCAGCCACGGCCCGCCCGCCCCGAGCCGCGGUUAACAAAGAGGCACCGGAAACGGCGGCGGCGGCAGGGAGGGGGCCGGCCGGCCGGGAGGGAGUGGGGGGGGGGGCAGGCCCGGGCCCGGCGUCGGCGAACAAAGAGCGGCGGGAGGAGGCGGGGGCGCCGCAGCGGCUCCCGGAGCGCGGCCCCGGCCGGCAGUGCAGGAUCCAAGGUGCUGGUGUCUUGCCCUGCCUGGAGCCUGAGGUCCUGCGUGCUCAUCCGCCUCCCGACGUCACCAAUGCGACCAUGGGAACUGGCAGUGAAUAGGCGGCCUCCCUCUGCCCCUUUUAACCAACGUCGUUUCUCAGGGGGACCCUGCAGCAGCCCUGACCACCUCCGGCGAAGCCCCCCUGCCAGGCGUCAGUGGGGACGACGCGACCGACCUCUGGCAACCCUGCUGGGCCAGGAUGAGACCCAGCUGCACCCUGCCUUCCCCCAGCAGCCGCACAUCCCUGUAGAUGAGCCCCGCGCCUACGCUCUCCCCAGCACACCGCCACGAAUGCUGCACCCGGCCGCUCACCCACCCCACCAGAACCCAUUCAUGGUGGAUCUUCAUGACCAGGUGCACCAGGGACCUGUCCCUCUCUCCUACACGGUCACAACCGUUACGACGCAAGGCUUCCCCAUCCAUACCAGCCAGCACAUCCCUGGGUGCAGCACCCAGCAGCUCCCAGCAUGCUCAGUGAUGUUCAGUGGACAGCACUACCCGCUCUGCUGCCUCCCACCCCCGUUGAUCCAGGCAUGCGCCAUGCAACAGCUCCCGGUCUCCUACCAGACGUUCCCUCCAAUCAUCUCCAGCGACCAUUACAUCCUGCACCCGCCCCCGCCGCCAGUGCCCCCCCACCAACCGCCCCACAUGGCUCCCUUGGGGCAGUUUGUGCCUCUCCAAGCCCAGCACCCACGAAUGCCUCUGCAGAGGAUAGACAAUGAUGUGGACCUGCGAGGGGAGCAGCACCCCAUCGCCGGCUUCACGUACCCCCCGUCCCACCAUGCUCCCACGCUCUCCCCCUCCGUGCCGCUGCAUUACCUCCCCCACGACCCGCUGCACCAAGAGCUGCCAUUCGGCGUGCCAUACCCCCACAUGAUGCCCCGGCGGCUGAACACCCAGCGGUACCGGCUGCAGCAGGCGCUGCCCCCCCCGCCGCCCCCUCCACCGCCCCCUCCGUACUACCCGAGCUUCCUGCCCUAUUUCCUCUCUAUGCUUCCCGUGUCGCCGACGGCCGUGGGGCCCACGAUCAGCCUGGACCUGGACGUGGAUGACGUGGAGAUGGAGAACUACGAGGCGUUACUGAACCUGGCCGAGCGGCUGGGGGAGGCCAAGCCACGGGGACUCACCAAAGCAGACAUCGAGCACCUCCCGUCCUACCGCUUCAACCCUGAGAGCCACCAGUCCGAGCAGACCCUGUGCGUUGUGUGCUUCAGCGACUUCGAGGCCCGGCAGCUGCUCCGCGUCCUGCCCUGCAACCACGAGUUCCACGCUAAGUGUGUCGACAAAUGGUUAAAGGCGAACCGCACGUGCCCCAUCUGCCGGGCGGAUGCGUCGGAGGUGCAGCGGGAGGCGGACUGAGGCGGGCGGGCGCCGUGCCGCACAAUUGGUUACAGGAUGAGGACGUCGGGCCAGGGGCGGGGGCCGCUGCCCGCUGCCAGGGCCCGGCCGUGCGCUUACCCCCCUCCCCAGAGCCUCUCCUCGGAUGCGGUGAGCGCUGAGCAGCCCGGGCUGCGGCCAGCCCUCCUCCUCCGCCGUGGCUCGGAGCGCUGCGGGGCCGAAUGGUGUUUGCUGGUGGCGGCCGCCCGUGUCCUCCGCACUGCAAAGACGCUGUCGUCGCUCCAUCACUUUCCAGGUCUUUGUACUCCGCUAGGGAUUAUUAUUUCCCCCCCGCCCCCCGUUUCUCUUUUGUUUUGUUUUUAGGGUAGGUUUUUUUUUUUUUCUUCUUCCGUUUCCUUUUCCGUCGCGUUUCUUUGGUCCUGUGGCCGCUCUUCCCCUCGGCGGUGGGAGGAGGGCGGAGGGCGCACCGUAGCCGGGUGCCGACGGGCCCGGGGCCGACGUGGGGCCGCUCCCCACCGCUCCGUGUCCUUCCCAGGCGGGAGGACGGCCCCGGCCCCGAGCCCCGCUCACUCCGAGGCGGUCGGGCCCGGCGGGGAGCUCAGCGUGGAGGCCCGGUUCGCCCCCCGGGCUCCCGAGCGCCUCAUCCUGCGGGCCGGGCGGCGCGGCGCGGCGCGGGGUUUUGCCGCGACCUCGCGGUGGUUUCUGCCGCUCGGCGCCGCCCUGGCGAUGCGCCGGCCGUCCCGGCGGUGCGGCCCGAGUCAUUUUGCAUGAUUAAUUAGCGAGGAGGGGGGGGGCGGGAAGGAGGGUCGCUCCCUCCCCGCGUUGCCGACGCCUGGGAGGCUCCGCGCGCGGCCGCCAGCCCUAUGUAAAUGUUCACAAAUAUGCAUGCAUGUCUGACCAGCUUGGAACGUGGUCUUGGCUACGUCUAGCCGGCUGUGGGGUGAGGGGGGUGGGGAGAGGGGUUUUUGUGCUCAGCUGAUACUGCCAUGCACUGUACUGCACAUGUCCGCAACGCCACUGCAGGACCGUGAGGCUUUCAGGGCCGUCCCCGCGGCGGCGUGUGCAAGGGGCCGCUCCCCGCGGGGCGGGGCCGGGCGGCGGGGCUGGGCCCCGGCUGCGAAGGGU